AACUUUUCGAACCCGGAUUUCAAGGAUCAGGUACAGACCAGUGCUCAAGUGACUUCAGAGGUAGGUCGAUAGAAAGAAGGCUCUUACGAGGUAAAUCUUAUGGGUUUAUUAUAGGCCAACUUCUUCAUCAUUAUUUACUCUAUAUAUUUUCCUAAGAAUGUAUUAUUAAAUAAUUAGGAAAGUAUCCUUGCGGAGAGAAACAAGAAGUUCAAAGAAAGUAUAGACUAUAGAGUAUAGAGUCUAUACUCUAUAAUAUAAACUUAGUAUACUACACUACUAUACUAUACACUACAGUAGUCACUACAGUUUAGUUUAGUGUUCUUAAUUUUAAGGUUAUGCCUAUAUGAGUAUAUAUGUAUGGUUAUAAAUUAGUCCAGUGAUGGGUAGGGGGAGAGGUCACCUAUAAGGUCCACAUUAACAAGUGACAAGUGAUAAAGUGCCUUAAUCUUAAAGCCCUUAAGCCUUAAGUUAUGCCAUGGACUACUAAGACUAAUGACUUUCACUUUAUGAUAGAUAGAUGCUUCAUUCAUCACAUAUUGAUAUUGAGAUGAAUGUAACCUUAGGAGCGGUUUCGUUUUUUUAUAAAAAAAAAUGUCAACCACCAAUGAACUUUGCUAUUACUCAGUUUUAUUGGUGUUGACCGUUUUAUAAAAAAACCAUAAUUUGACAUGAUAUUUUUUACUAACUCUUUCGCUGCGGCUUAAUUGCGGCAAUGGAUAGUACAUUCAUCUGCUAUGCUAAAAUUAAAAAGCAAUAACCAAUGCACUGUCUGCGUUGUUGUUUCAAUAUCAUGGUUGUUCAUACAUUAUACAGUUUAUCUGUUUCUUGGUAAAAAUUUUCAAGAGUUAUUUUUUAAUUAGAUUUUUACAUAGAAGAGUGGUACAUUUUUGUUUAUGAGCUAGGUUUAUUUGUUAUCAUUUGAAGCAUUAUUUUAUUAAUAUCUUUUGCUGUUUUUUUUUCAUUAUUAAUACUGUUGUUAUAACGAAGUGUCUACACGUCUGGCGCGCCGGACGUGUAGUGCGCAAGAUACACGUCCGGCGACUUGUCACGUGACCGGACGGCUAGUAGUUUUUAUAAUUCCAAACGAAGUAAGAUUUAGUACAUCUUGUCUGGUCUUGUGGUAGAGUGGUUGCUUGACGAUAGGAAUGUUUGAGGAUCUAUACCGGGGAUAGGGUCGUUUUUUUUCUUCCCAUUUUAAUUUAAAUAUUUUGUAUAUAUUUAUAUUAUCAUGUUCCUCAGCAACAGUAGUUUCAUGAGAAGUUUUUAAAUAUUUUGUAGCAAUUGAAAUAAUUUAAAAUGAAAUCUUUAACUUUUAUUGGUUGCCACACUGGCCCCUAAUUUAUUUUAUGGAUUACUGGUACACAAAAAAUAACAAACUAAACAAAAAUGUUUACAAGCCACUUUCACUUAAGUUUCUUUUUCUAUUAUUUGCAUUCAAGAUACUCAGUACAUUACUUGGUAGAGAAAUAGAUUUUAAAAUUAACAAUAGUUUUGAAUUAUUCGCAGUCACGUGACAAGGCUGACCGACACGAUAUCUCUCGCCACUUUGUUACGGCGGUCAUGUGACUUGGUCGCCGGACACAUAGUGCGGGAGAUAGACGUCCGGCGCGCCGGACGUGUAGACACUGCCUUGUUAUAACUACUGCAGGCCCUAUUGGGGUGAGAAAGUUUCCUAGACGAUUAACAGCUCAACAAGCUUUGGAACUGUUUUUAUACUAUUUCUAUUGAAAGUGAAGAGUGAAGAUGAUUUAGAUUCAAUUGUAGUUGUUUUUGUGAAGAUGUAUGCCUCCAUCAAAGUCAAAGGGUUUGGGGGAAAAAAGGUUUUGCAUUUCUUGUUUUCACAUUUUAAGUUUCUUUUCUGUUACUUAUUUUAGUUAAACUGAGUAAACAAGUUAUAAAACAUAUAUUAUAUAGUCUAUUCAAUUAUCUUUCAUUUGAUACCAAAUUUAGCGUUAUAAACCAAUAACUAAUAUUUAAAAUAUUUUUUAAUAAACUCAACCUCUCACUCUUUGAAAAAUAUGUAAAUUUUUUCAUUAAAAAAAUUCAGCAUCAAAAGAGUUAAUAUUAUUACAUGCAGAUGGCAGAGGGAUCAUUGUAAUUUUAUGUGCAAAAUUGAGUCUAUCAGUAUCGGUCAGAUAUUUAAUUUGCAAGAACACCAAAGGAGAGAAGAGAAUAACACAACCAACCCUUGCCACGUGCAUUCUCAGUUGAAGGUAUUUAAAAAAAAAGUACUGGUACUGCACAACCUAUUUACAAACAAUCUUUACCUAUUUCAAUAGAUGAAUUUGAUAUCUGGUGACAAUAGCAUGUUGUCUUACAAAGGGUAGAAACAGGAAGUGAUGAUUAUAUUGCGCAUCAUCACAAUAACAAACUCAUCUCAACUCGACGCACCCAGUCACUUUGUAAAAAUUAUAAUAAGUUUAUUUAUCCUUUGGAUCUUUGACUCAUUUUGAGAUGUUUCUCAAAAUUUCCAAGAAAAGGCCCAUUUCUUCGGUCAGAACCUUCACCAUUUUUUAAAGUUUAUUAUUACAUUAUUUAAUGAUGUAUAAUUAAAUAUAUUGUGGCAAACUUUCCAUUUUUUUUAUAUCUGGUGAUACAUUUUGGUCUUAAAUAUUAUGUGCCAAGGCAAAUCUUAUUCAAUUUUGUACAAUUCGUCAGUUCCAAUAUUGCCAAUAUUGUGAAAAAAAUUGGAAACUCACCCCUCUGUCUCUAGAUUCUAGUCUUUGCCUAGCUUCCCCGAACUGAGGAGAAAACAAAGUGGUUUCUAUUUUGUGAGGAGGUGAAACCAUUUUCAAGAACUUUAUUUUGUGGUCAUAUUUCGGUAAACUAAAAUUGACCAUUGAUAAGCCCUCUUUACAUAUAGUAAGGCUAUACAUAAUUUCUUUUUUAUCCCCCUAGUUAAUAUCAAAAUGUCACAGAAUCCACCACCACCUCCUUAUCCUGGUGAUGCCGAUGGAAAAGGUUGGUCAAAAUUUGAAUGUUCUGUCUAAAUAUGAGUAUGUUAUUAUCCAAUCAUUUUAAUUUGAAAGCAUACAAAUAAUGUUCCUUUAUGAGUAUUGAAAUGUUUGCCUUUUACUUUCUUAGCUCUUAUAACAUUUUAUAAAAUAUGUUGUAUUAGCUUAACCAGAUCAGACAAAUAUUAGCUUAACCAGAUCAGACAAAUAUUGACAAAGGUGACAUGUGACCAUUUCGGUCAAUUAGUCAUUGAAUGACUUAGAGAUUUUUUUUUUUUAAUUCACCGUUAUGGAUACACUGCUGCAAGUAAUUUCUAUUUCAAAUUACAGGGGCCCAAAGCUAUGGAGCACCUUACCCACCCCAAGCAGGUUAUCCAGAACCUCAAGGAGGCUAUCCACCAUCUCAAGGAGGCUAUCCACCAUCUCAAGGAGGCUAUCCACCACCCCAAGGAGGGUACUAUCCACCACCCCAACCUGGCAACUAUCCACCACAGGGCUACCCUCAGCAGCCAGGCUAUCCACCCAACCAAGGCUACAAUGCUGGUCAGCAUUCGACAACUGUUGUGGUUGCUCAACCCCCUAUCACGCUUGUGCAAACUUUCAAUGCUGUGCCUGUGAGAACUUCAUGUCCUCAUUGUCGUGCAGACAUUGUAACAGCCACACACUUUGAAAGCGGGACAUUUUCUUGGGUCGUCUGUGUCAUUUUAUGCUUGGUUGGGUAAGAAUAAUACAUUGUACGGUAUAUUAGUUAAACUAAAUUGUUUUUCUUUUAAUUUUAAAAAACUAUCUUUUAUUAUAAUCUGUGGCAAGAAUUUUAAAAUGAUUGUUUAUCCCAUUAAUAGUUUAGUUAUUCAGUAUGAUAAUAUGGUCGCUUUUUAUUGGUUUUGGGCAGAAUUAGAAAAAUUGACAUUAGAAUAUUUCUUUUUAAAAAGUAUUCUAAUGUCAAUUUUGACUUUCAUUGGUCAAUAAGAUAACUUGAACAUAAGUCAAUUUAAUUUUGUUUGUGUCCAGGUGUGACUUAGGUUGCUGUCUAAUACCGUUUUGUGUGGAAGGCUGUCAAGAUGUCAUUCACACCUGUCCAAACUGUCGUCAACAAAUUGCAAGAUGGAACAGGAUGUAG